GGAACAACCUUAGUUAUAUCUAUCUAGGAGAACAGAUUACGCUUUUUCUUCUAUUAUCAUUCUUUAGGGUUUGCAGAUUUUCAAUUUCCCUUCACUUCGGUUCCUUGCACGCUUAGGCUAUCGUGAUUCCUCCAUUGUUCCCUUUCCGUAACUCAUCAAGGUGAUGUUUUUGUUUUAAGGAUUUUGAGCAAAGGUCAGCAUGUAAAACUCCUGUAACUGUUAGAGGAUAGUGUCCCGCUUGUGUUUCUACAGUGAGUAAUGCUUUUAUGCCCCGUGAUUUGGUGAAUGGAUAAAGUGUUGUGUGGGCCUUGAAGAAGUUACAAUAUCCUUCAACCUACUGACUAACCUUUCUUCAUCCCUUCAUAGAAAUUUGUUUUCCAGAUACACAAGAUGAUUCAACAUCAAAUUGUGCAGUCCCCUGCUAGGCUAGGCCUCGCAAACCCCAACUCUCCUUCAAUUCCGAACCCCACCCCUCCAAAGCUCCCUCCUACACAGACCCAGCAACCCCAAGACCGCAACUCUUCAACCCCUUCUUCUGCUCUGCUGUCACUCCUCCCACCCCUUCCCAGAGCCCAAGCACUUCUUCUCCAAAUGGCUUCCUUAACUUCCAAAAUCUUUGAAGUUUCCCCUAACCGGUCUCUUUGGGUCACUGCCUUCCGUGGAUCCCUUCCAACUUUCCUCUCGUCUAAUUCAUCUACCCCUCUUGACGCUUCUCCGUCUACUGUAAAAGAAAUAAUUUCCCUCUUUACUGUUCUCCAAACCCAAAUAUUCGAAGCUGUUGCCGAACUCCAAGAGAUUCUUGACCUCCAAGAUGCCAAGCAGAAGAUGGACCGUGAAAUUCGUUCCCAAGAUUCAAUGUUACUUGCAUUUUCUAACAAACUCAAAGAUGCUGAGUGCUGCCUAGACAUGCUUGUCGAUGAUUACUCUGAUUAUCGCCGCUCCAAGCGAUCGAAAUCUGGAGAUGAUGAUUCCAUGACUUCAUCAACUGUCUCUUCUCAGUUGAAGCUGUCAGAUAUAUUAUCGUAUGCCCACAAGAUAAGCUACACCACCUUUGCACCACCGGAAUUUGGAGCCGGCCAAGCUCCUCUUCGUGGUGCAUUGCCACCUGCACCGCAAGAAGAGCAAAUGAGAGCUUCUCAGUUGUAUAAUUUUGCCGACCUUGAUGUUGGAUUGCCUAAAGAAGUCGAAUCCAAGGAGAAAAUUGUUGAAGCUAUUGUUGAGCCUCCAUCACAGAUGGAUACUAAUGCAGUUCCAAAUUUGUCUGCAUUUCAAGGAAUGCUGCCUCCAGUGCCACCUGGUUGGAAGCCGGGAAUGCCUGUCCAGUUGCCUAUUGAUUUGCCACUGCCCCCGCCUGGGUGGAAACCAGGGGAUCCUGUGCCAUUGCCUCCUAUGGACUCGCUUCAAAUACCGAGAUUUGCAGAGCAACAAAUGCAACCUCACAUUCCUCAGCCCAAACAACCAGAAGUUAUUCAAGUGCAGCCAGUUAAUUUGGACCUUGGAGGAAGUGAUAGUGACUAUAGCAGUGAUGAUGCCAGCUCUUAUGAUGAAGAUUGACAAGUUUGUUAAACUGGUCAAUCUCAAAUUGAUAACUGUACAGGUCGAGAAUUAAUAAGAACUUUUCAUCGCCUUGUUGUUCCUUUUGGUAUUUCUGUGUAAUUAAUAUAAUCCUCUGCUGAAUGCUUAGUGUUUCUGCUUUAGGCUCUAGAGAGCACAAACCAUGUCAGUUCUUUGUAACCACGAAUAUUGUACCACGACAAAUGGAUUGCUCUUUAAGACAUUUUUGUACCAAAUUGUGAUGAGGCACCGUGUGAACAUCUUUUUGUGUAAUAAAAAUACUUUUUCUAUAAAAAGUAACUACUUUGAUAAGUAAAGCAAAUUCAAUCUCUAGAAUUUGCCACCUUUUACUAGCUCAUUCCUCAGUUAACCAUUCCUCCUUCAUCUAUACUAGUCAUAAAAUUGUAUUGAGUUGUAAAUAGUAACCAUUUCUCUCUUGUGGAUACUUUCAUCAUCAUAGAUACUCACCAGUCAUUUCAAAACCACCCUUUUUACUCUUCCACCCUCUGAGAAUGCAGCACUCAAUGAAAAUUUUCAACUCACCGAUUUUCACACCCUUUAGCACUCAGUUCUCUCUUUUAAAAAUACUCAUUAACUUUCUCAUCGCUUUCUUAUUUUUGGUCCUAGGGUUUGAUGAUUUUGAUUGUGUCUUAUGCUUUGUGGAGUAUUUUAAUUCUCGUUGAUUUUGAUUUUCUUAUUUUGAUGUUCUUCCUUACCGGUAUGGAAGGAGUGAUAGAUGUUAAAAGAUACUACUCAAUGCUUUUACCUUUAGUUUGUUGUGGAUAUAUUUUCUAGAGGCUUAAUCUGUGUCUGUUACAGGCUGAUAUGUUUGAUGCUUAAUUAUAAGUGCCUUGUUCAUUUAUAAGUGAGUUUGCUGUCACACCAUUAAGAAUUAAUGUAUUGUAGAACGAGUCUCAGUAUCAAUAAUUUAGGAUAUUGUUUUUCCUUGCACAUCGGUCUAAUUUGCAGCAUUUU